AGGGCAAUAUCAAUGGAGAAGGAGAACCUCAGCCUUGUCAAACUUGAUUUCUGUCCUUGGCAAGAAGAUUACUAAGCUGGCUCCCCUUCACAAAUCGAUCAAUGCAUGAGUGUCGCCUCAACAUCUCUUCCCAUGAACGUUGCCAUCAUAUGAUAUGCUACCUGGGAUCCAAGAGCUUGCCGAGAUGACGCGUCCGCCGCCGGCGAAGAAACCCAGGAUCACUCCUAGGAAGGACGCAGUGAAGCGCGCCACAAAUGAAGAUGUUUCGUCCGCUUCACAGUCUGACACGGAGCCAGUGAUUAUCGAGGAGAGGCAUACACCGCGCCAACAAGCCAGAUUCGAUCCCAGGACGUUGAGUAUGGAGGAACAAGUCAAGAUAUAUCGGACGUGGAGAAAAAACGGAUCCAUGCACGAAGACACAUGCUUCGUUUGCAGAAAGGGAUCAGGGUUAGCGAAUUGCAACACAUGCCGCCUCGCCUACCACAAGGCUUGUCUAGCAGCCGAUGCACGCACCUAUGAAGAUCAAGACCGAUGGUAUUGCCCCAUAUGUGUCUCUCGCAACUGGCAUAUCAUCCCACCUUCAACGCUUGCUUCACCAUCGAUAACACCAGUGGCCGCUUCGACAUCAGCUUCCGCGUUGAACCGUGGACCAAUCCCUCGGCCUCUCUCGGCAUAUGCGGAAGCACGAACUCCCUCGAGACCAUCAACGUCAAUGCCAGCGCUUUCUGCGUUACCCACAUCAGCAGCACUUCCAUCAUCACCAUCAAGAUCCGGAGCACAAACACUGGGCCAGGUGACGACACAACCCCGCAAGGGCGGUCGCUCACGGUAUUCUACAUUACGACCAGACGUCGAGUCAGCCAUAUCCACGAUCUACGGCGAACUGGAGCUGUCAAGGAGUCUGGGUGGAGAUGUUGAACGCCUACGAGGAGAACUUGAGGCUGCACGCCGCGAGAUCGAGGUUCUGAGGAAAGAACUUACAGUCACGCGCAGGGAAGCCGAGAUGGCACGCUUUUCAGCCGAGGCUUACGACCAAUUGUGGCAGGAGAAUGAAAUGUACAAAAAGAGAGACCAGGGUCCAAACUCGCUGCAAGAAAAAGUCGAAGAGCUGACAUCUGAUUUGAAUGCGGCAAGGGAGGCAAUCUCCACCAAAGACGCGAUGCUGGACGAGUGGAAGACCAAACUAAAAGGGCUCCUGGGAGAGGGGACGUGAAGAUCCAUUGCCAAUCGAACAGACUGCCAGAUCCAACGAAAUGUGUGAGAGUAAUUGCAAAGACGAUUGGUCACACCUCGGGGAAAGCAGGAUCUUGAUUAUCAAUCAAGGCAGCAGAGUCCACCGAUCGCACGAUUACCUGGCAGAACCGACCAACUGGAUCUGCUACACGGCACGGGAUUGGCUGACGGCUCUGAU